UCGUGGACGUUCAUGAGAAGAAGAAUAGUAGCAUAACUGACCACAGACAACAGGACAUACCUGAGCUUCGGCGGCGCCCGUAACUCUUAUUACCUUUACUUGAACAAAUUUCACACACUGUGCAGAACAAAACAAAAAUAAUGCUUCUUCGUAAGGUGAGCCAGUCCUCCGCCCUUUGCGGCAACAUUCUCAGGAUUCAACCCGUGCUAGCACGAGGUCAGCCUCAAGCUGUGGUGUCCGUGUCAAGCCCUCGUCUUUACGCCAGCCAGGCGGCUCAGGCGGUUCUGGAAAAGCCUUCUGCUGUCAGCAGUGAUGCUGCCACCAAAGUGGAAAAGAAGUCUGUCACUGCCGAAUCCAAAUCCUUUGCCGUCAACAUGUUUAAGGGGCAGAUCGCCACGUCGCAGGUCUUUCCCUUCCCUAAAGCUCUCAACGAGGAGCAGGAGCAGUUCCUGCGGGAGCUCGUCGGGCCCGUCUGCAAAUUCUUUGAGGAAGUGAACGACCCUGCCAAGAACGACGCCCUGGAGAAAGUGGAGGACCACACCAUGGAGGGCCUGAAGGAGAUGGGGGCUUUUGGCCUGCAGGUGCCGGGCGACCUGGGCGGCCUCGGCCUGUCAAACACUCAGUACGCCAGGCUGGUGGAGAUCGUUGGCAGCCAUGAUUUGGGCGUCGGCAUCACUUUGGGGGCCCACCAGUCAAUCGGCUUUAAGGGAAUCCUGCUUUUCGGGAACAAAGCCCAGAAGGAGAAGUACCUCCCCAAACUCGCCACAGGUGAGAAUAUCGCCGCCUUCUGCCUGACGGAACCAGCCAGCGGCUCGGACGCCGCCUCCAUCAAGACCACGGCCGUUCUGUCUCCCUGUGGACAGUACUACACCAUGACCGGGAGCAAGAUCUGGAUCAGCAACGGAGGUUUGGCAGAAAUCUUCACGGUGUUUGCAAAGACGCCGGUGAAGGAUCCGCAAACGGGGGAGGUGAAAGACAAGAUCACUGCUUUUAUUGUGGAGAGGAGCUUUGGCGGAGUGUCACAUGGUCCUCCAGAGAAGAAGAUGGGCAUUAAGGCGUCCAACACCGCCGAAGUCUACUUCGACAACGUCCGCGUGCCGGCCGACUGCGUGCUGGGCGAAGUGGGCGGGGGCUUCAAGGUGGCCAUGAACAUCCUGAACAACGGGCGCUUCGGCAUGGCCGCCGCCCUCUCCGGCACCAUGAAAGGCGUGAUUUCCAAAGCUGUGGAUCACGCGGCGAACAGGACCCAGUUUGGCAACAAGAUCCACACCUACGGCGCCAUCCAGGAGAAGGUGGCGCGCAUGGCGAUGCUGCACUAUGUCACUGAGUCCAUGGCCUACAUGAUCAGCGGGAACAUGGACAGCGGCGCCGCAGAGUUCCAGAUCGAAGCGGCCAUCAGCAAGAUCUUCGCCUCUGAAGCGGCGUGGACUGUGACAGACGAGAGCAUCCAGGUUAUGGGCGGCAUGGGUUUCAUGAAGGACUCCGGCGUGGAGCGGGUGAUGAGGGAUCUGAGAAUCUUCCGAAUCUUCGAGGGCACCAACGACAUCCUCCGGCUUUUCGUGGCUCUGAACGGCUUCCAGAAUGCUGGCAACCACUUAAAGAGUUUGCAGAAAGCCCUGAAGAAUCCCAUCGGGAACGCCGGCCUCCUUGCAGGAGAGAUCACAAAGAGAGCCAAAAGAAAGGCGGGUUUCAGCUCGGGGCUGACGCUGCAGGGAAGUGUGCAUCCGGAGCUGGCUCAGAGCGGCGAUCUGACGGUCAAAGCCAUCGAGGAGUUCGGAGCGGUCAUCGAGGAGCUGCUGGUGAAGCACGGCAAGAAGAUCAUCGAUGAGCAGUUCGUUCUGAAGAGGGUAGCAGACUGUGCCAUAGACCUGUACGCCAUGGUGGUGGUACUGUCCAGGGCUUCCCGCUCUCUAAGUCAGGGCGCGGCGUCGGCGCAGCACGAAAAGAUGCUGUGUGAGACCUGGUGCCUGGAGGCUUACGACAGAAUCCUGCACGACAUCAAGUUCCUGCGGUCCGGUCAGUCCAAGCAGACCUUCAAGAACAUGCGGGCCAUCUCUGCUGCCAUGGUGGAGAAUGGGGGUGUGGUCUCUCCUCACCCUUUGGGUUUUUAAAUGCCCCUCUCUGGUGUAUCACACCCAGGUUGUGUUUCUUUGUCCCGCCUCCCUUCAGAACCCUUCCGUCUGGUCAGACUGGAGCAUCAGAGCUCCUCACCCCGCUGCUUCAGCUUUCAUGAAACAAGGCGAAGCGACGAAAAUAAUGCCGUUUUCGAACACGGAAGCUAUGAACUCCUGUUUCCUGUUGUGUUUCAGCUGUCAACACAUUUUUUUUGUCGUUCGUUUAUUUAAAUCUGCCAAACUAGACGCUGGUUCAAAAGGAUUUUCCUUCGUCUGAAACCGAGCCGAAUGUGAGCUCGUAAACGGGCCUUCUACUGACUGUAGCUACAAAUUUCUGUAAUAAUUCUGGAUUUUAAAGCCUGUUAUGAUGCCUUUAUUCUUUUUUUUUAUUUAACUCGCACAACACAAUCAAUGCAACUCUGAAACAAGAAGCCAGUUGAGGAUUAAAAGCAGGAGGACGGAUUGUAUGUUUGCUGUAUGUACAUAAAUGCCUUUAAGCUCACGGUAACCAGUAAAAACGGCGUGAAGCUGCUGUGAUUGCAGUUGGCCACCGGGCCGAAUGAAACCAUAACACGUGAGGUGCUAACGUUUCACAAAUCUCACUAAUCUAUCUCCAAAAUGACCAUUUAUCUAGUAAGUUGAAGAAAAUAAAGCACUUACCAUCAUCUGUGUAUAUAUUUGAAAUGGCUGAAAACGUGUUGCUUUUAGGAGGUCACAUGAUAAUUCUGCUGUCAAACAAAGCAGAGUCUGUCAGUUUGUAAGUUCAUGUAUUUGGAGUCGAUCCAAUAAUUCAAUAAACUUGAUCGAGGUAUCGGGAAAGCUGC